UCAUUCUAGCUUUGUCUUUAACAACAUCCCUCUCUACGGGAUAUUUCGGCAAUAUAAAGACGUGAGGCGGCUCAAUUCACAACGCUAGUUUAUUAUUAUAUUCAUCUAAACCCGUAGCGUAAGACGGAGGUGACAUACCUCUUGAAAAUGCUUCAGUCUCUAGCCAGUAAUUCUUGUGUACGUCUGAUACAGAGUCACAAAUCGACGUGGUACUUUGUGUCCCUGGUCUUGGGUUAUCUCCUUUAUCUGGUAUUCGGCGCCGUUGUCUUUUCUUCGGUCGAGCUGCCUUAUGAAGACCUGCUGCGCCAGGAGCUGAGGGCCAUCAAGAAGCAGUUCCUCCAGGAAAAUGAGUGUCUGUCCGAGGAGCGUCUGGAGCGGUUUCUGAAGAAAGCUCUGGACGCCAGUAAUUACGGGGUUUCCAUCCUCAACAACGCUUCGGCUAACUGGAACUGGGACUUCACCUCCGCGCUGUUUUUUGCGAGCACCGUGCUGUCCACCACGGGAUAUGGUCACACAGCACCUCUGUCAGAUGGUGGGAAGGCCUUCUGCAUUAUCUACUCCGUGAUUGGCAUCCCCUUCACCCUCCUCUUCCUCACUGCCGUGGUGCAAAGGAUCAUGGUGUUUAGCACACGGAGGCCGAUCAUGUAUAUCCACACGCGCUGGGGCCUGUCCAAGCCACUGGUGGCCAUCGUUCACGCCACUCUGCUCGCCAUGUUGGCCGUCUCUUGCUUCUUCCUCAUCCCCGCCGCCAUCUUCUCAGCGCUGGAGGAGAACUGGAACUUCCUGGAGUCCUUCUACUUCUGCUUCAUUUCCCUGAGCACCAUCGGCCUUGGAGACUAUGUACCCGGAGAGGCCGCUAAUCAGAGGUUCAGGGAGCUCUACAAAGUGGGCAUCACUGUCUACCUGAUCCUGGGUCUGAUAAUCAUGCUCGUGGUGCUGGAGACCUUCUGCGAGCUGCAGCAACUGAAGCAGCUGAGGAAGAUGUUCUACCUGAAGAAGGAGAAGCCGCAGGACCGCCUCGCCAUUUUGGAGCACGACCACCUGUCCUUCACUACCGUGUCCAAUAGAGCCACAGUCCGCAAUGAAGACAAAACCCAGCCGUUUGUUAGUGUCCCAACUCUGGCCUCUCCCAGUGAUGAUCCCAUGAUUCAGUAGACAAAGAGAGAGCAAACAUCUGUUGAAGGAUGAAAUUAUGAAAGUAGAGUGUAUUGCACGCAAGACUAUAGGUAUAAGCUCAGCCCUGCAAAUUUUAGUAGUAAAACUAGCUGAGACUACUCAGAUCAAGCAAACAGUCUCCUUUACCAAACCACAAUACUGACAAGAAAGUAUAGUGCCAUGCAGCAGAGAUUAAAUUUAUGUACAUUAAUUAGAGGGAAGAUGAAUAUUUUAACAGGGACUCUAAAGACAACGUCAGUGAUAAAAGAAAAGCCGUCUGCUGUAUUUAUGGCUCACAGGAGCUAAGCUCCUUUUAUGAGCUGUAUUAUUUAGAGCAUAUUUAGGAACAUUUUAGAAAGCAAUUGGUCUCUUAAAUCUAGAUUAAAUAUAGGACAGUUAUCUGUAGUCUGUCACAAAAUAGUACAUAAAUAUGUAUGUAUCUUAUAAAUAGAGAUGCUUGACAGGUAUGUGGAAUGUACAUAAUCAGGUAAAAGAUGUAAAGUAAAGUAAAGCACCAUCCAGAAUUGACACACCUCUAAAAGAUGAGCCAAAGUGUUGCCAAAACAUAAAAACAACUCAAGUAAUUAACCGUCAUACAUUAUUUUUUCAGAUGGAGCUUUGACAGGAACAUUUGGAAUGUUUUCUAUCGAAUGAUGAAACGAUCAAAGUUUGUUGGUGGAUAAACUCUGAAAUGCUUUAUUGGAUCCUUUUCAACUGGUUUGGCUCCUAUUGUUUUUUUUGAAGUGUUUUUUGAAAGUUUCAGGGACCUAUUUUUUCCGUUGCAUAAUGUGGGUCACAUGGCUGACUGUAAGAGAGGUUGCAGUCGAUCCUGAAAAAAGUAUCUGAAAGAAUAGACAAUACAUUUUAUGAAAAAUAAGUGAACCAAUUUACUUUACGAACAAGAACGUAGUUUUACAGUCUAUGUUUGCAGCAUUUUUGGCUCAUCUUUACAAAGGUGUUAACUAUUCUGGUUGCACUCCACAUUGUUGCGUUUCAUUGUGAGGGAAAAUAUUUGUCUGCCGAUAUGUGUAUUUUCUCAACAUUUUACAGUGCUAUUUCAGGGUUGCUCAUGUGUGGUGAUAAGCACUAUAAUUUAUUGAUUUGUCUGAAUGGCUUAAUGUGUGCUAGACCGUGUGAAAAGGGAAGUGAGGUUAGCACAGAUUUGAAAAAAAAAGGGAACCACAGAGGGCUGGCUGGCCCAUUGCAUUUUACUGUCAAUAAAGAGAGCUCAGUUUGCACAUGUACUGGAACCAGGCAGUAGUAGGGAAAAAAUAACUGUUUGGGAUUUCUCUGUAAGGAAAAGGACAUGGUUCCAAAGAUUUCAUCUGUAAAAUAGGAGAUAUUUUAAUGAAAAAGAUAAUGUUAUUUCUGUUGUGGAUGAUCUGUAAAGGCUUGAUAAUUGCUCUUAAGAUAGAAAAGAGCAAGACAUUGAACACAAACUAUUUUACUGUAUUUACAUCAUUUGAAUGUCAAAAUGUAUAUUUUUAGAUAUGACAUGAGGAAGGUUUACAAAAUUUUGUUAGCAAUUUAUGAAAGUAAUCCUGCACUUAAAAUGGUGCACUGGAGAAAGUUGAAACUAUAAAUUAGAGCAGCAGGAGUGCAGCUUGAAUUGACACAUCCCAGUUCUGAUUCUCUACCACAAUAGUUUUUAAUUUCAUCAACCAAGGAUGACUUUCCAUAAUGUCACACUUGCAGUUGUUCCAUAACACUUGCAAGUGUGUAUCACAUUGGCAUUGAAACCCUCUGAGUAUUUUUGAAAAUAUAUUUCUAUCCAGAGGAAAAAUGUUCGGAAAGAAAUACUAAUUUCAGGCUGUUAUCCGUCUUCUAAUAUUGGCGCAGACACCCACACGUACAGUGUAGCAUACUGCUGUAUCACAGACUCGUUUUUUUAUAUACACGUUUUGGUGCAUUUGAUAGAAAGACAUGCAUUUGUUAUCGAUUUUAACAAUGUCUCAGUCUGUUCGCUGCAGAAUUUUUGACCUCAUCUUUCUCUGCUACAUUGACACAUCCAAGACACAGUCACAGCCUUUUACGAAGUCUUGAAUGUAAUGUUUUUUAUGCCGUUUGCUACAGUGAGGUUCAGGGCUGACCGGGGUGCAGCAUUGCUUCUUGCUGUUCCGCCGGCUCUGUUAGUUUUGUACAGGUGAGCUGCAGCAAGGUGUCAUGACCACUUACAAAAUUAGCUUUGACUGGGUCGGCAUCUGAGUUACUCACUGAUCUUCAAUACUGUAUUUUAUAGAUCAGUGGGAUUGUUGUUUUGUUUUUUUUUUCACCAGUCUGGGCCUUCAUGUAAACUGUGAACCAUUGAUACUGUUCAUAUUGUCUGCUGAGAAAAAGGAGAACUUGAAUUUUUUUGCCUAGUUGGGGUUUCUCUUUUACUGUAAGAAGUUCCACUGUUUUGUAGUUAAAUUAUAUAAAUUGAUGCAAAGGCUUUGACCCUUCAGCGUUACUGUUUUGGCAGUGUUUGUCGUCACACAGUUUGUCAUGAAGGUGAGAGCUGUCAGGUAAAGUAGUGCUAGUUCUGUUCAGGGAGUAAACGUGCGAAGGAUGACAAAUUGAAGCAUACUGUAGAUACAUACGGUAUACACAGUGUUACAGUACCAAUAUUGUAACGUGGGGUUUCCAAGGAGCCCUGAGGUUUUCGGGAAAUUCAUUUCAGCAUUAAAAGUGAAUCCCUGAACU